GUGAAGUACGGCGUCGUUUCGUCAUUUUUGUCCAAACAGUCGUGCAAAAAGUGGAAGGAUUUGAUUCCACAAAGGCCAGAGAGAAAGAGCAUAAAAGUGUGUCCUUCCUCUCGGACGUGAACUCCACCCGGUCAAAAUCCAAUUGAAAUCCUCUCCCUCAGUUCCGAUUUCCGGUCCUAAAACGUCGCCGUUUUCCUUCGUUCUUUCGUUUUCGUUUCCCUAAUCUAAUGCUCUGAGCGAUGCCCAUAGCUGACCACAAGUCGUCGACUUCGUCUGACAGAAAAGUCUGGGGCUUCUUCAAACGGCCGUUUCGACCGUCCGGUAACGCCGCCGCCACUACGACGUCGUCUUCUUCCAUGUCGCACGGCCACCCCCACCCCAACGGCGACGGAUCGGUUCCUCAAGCCUCGAGCUCCGUGUCGUCCGUCGCCAGGUCGCUGCUUCCGACUCGUCGUAGACUGAAGCUCGAUCCCUGCAAUAAGCUCUACUUUCCUUGUGAGCCUGGGAAGCAGGUUCGGAGUGCCAUUAGAAUUAAAAACACAAGCAAGUCCCAUGUAGCGUUCAAGUUUCAAACGACUGCACCAAAAAGUUGUUUCAUGCGUCCUCCUGGUGCUAUUCUUAAUCCUGGCGAGAGUAUCAUAGCAACAGUGUUCAAGUUUGUGGAGGUUCCAGAGAACAAUGAAAAAUUAGUGGAUCAAAAGAGCAGAGUUAAAUUUAAAAUAAUGAGCCUAAAGGUGAAGGGGCCUAUGGACUAUGUACCUGAGCUGUUUGAUGAGCAGAAGGAACAAGUAGCAAUAGAGCAGAUCUUACGGGUUGUCUUCCUGGAUCCAGAGCGUUCCACCCCUGCCAUGGAAAAAUUGAAGCGUCAGUUGGCUGAUGCUGAUGCUGCGCUUGAGUCACGCAAGAAACCUCCAGAAGAUACUGGACCAAAGAUUAUAGGAGAAGGUCUCGUGAUAGAUGAAUGGAAGGAGCGGAGGGAAAGAUAUCUAGCUCGGCAGCAGGUUGAAGGGUUGGACUCUGCAUGAAAUGGUGUUUCAUUUGAUCUGGUUGGUUGAAGUGAAAAUCAAUAGUGUUUUUCAUUGUAUCAGUGUAUUCAUGAUGUAUUAGUACCCAUCGUAUGUUUUCCUCUAAUGUGAAGGUGGUUGUUGUAUCAAAGAAUUUGUUGAGGACAAUCCAAUAUAUUUUAAUGUAAAAACGAAAACGAAAAAAAUGUUCCAAGUGUAGCGUCUCCUAUAAUUAGAGAGUACUCUGAACUGUGCUAGUCUCUCAGGUGUCUGUAGGGUGUAGAUAAUGCCAUUUUGUUUGUCCAGAGGAAUAAAACUGGUAUUUUGGCAAGUGUUUAGCCAUAGUGU